GGCCGGGAGCGGAGCGGGACCGGCAGGGACCGGCGGGAGCGGGCAGCGACCGGCGGGGCCGCGGCCAUGCCGGGGGUGCCCCUCGCCCCGCUGCUGCUGCUGCUGCUGCUGCUCCUGCUGGGCCCCCCGCCGCCCCCCGCCCGCGCCGCGCCCCACCGAGUCAGCGGCACCCCCAAAACCAGCGGGGUGUCCCCAACAAAGGGCACCACCACGGGACCCCCCAAAGCCAGCGCGGUGUCCCCAACCAAAGCCAUGGCCAGGGGAGCCCCGAAAGGCAGCGAGACGCCCCCCUCGAAAGGCACCACGCCGGGACCCCCCAGAACCAGCGGGGUGCCCCCCAGAAAGGACACCAAAACCAGCGGGGUGCCCCCCAGAAAGGACACCACGCCGGGAACCCCCAAAACCGGCGGGGUGCCUCCCAGAAAGGACACCACUCCAGGACCCCCCAAAACCAGCGGAGUGCCCCCCCCGAAGGGCACCACGGCCCCCCCCUCGAGGGGCAGCACCGCGGUACCCCCGAGGGGCAGCGGGACCCCCCCGAGCCCCGGCCCCUCUCGGAGCGGGGACCCCGCGGGCACAGCCCCAGCGCCCCAGGUGACCACGGGGGCGGUGCUGAGGAAGAAGAAGGUGGUGAGGAAGAAGGUGAUGAGGAAGAAGAAGGUGCUGAGGAAGAAGCCGGAGGCUCCGGCCGCUCCGCAGGAGCCCCCGUGCCCCCCCCUGGGGCUGGAGUCCCUGCGGGUGCUGGACACGCAGCUCCGGGCGUCCAGCCACAAGCGGCACGGGCUGGGCGCGCACCGCGGCCGCCUCAACAUCCAGUCAGGGCUCUACGACGGCGAUUUCUACGACGGGGGCUGGUGCGCGGGACAGGAGGACACGGAGCAGUGGCUGCAGGUGGACGCGCGGCGCCUCACCCGCUUCACCGGCGUGAUCACCCAGGGCCUCAACUCCAUCUGGACGUACGACUGGGUGACAUCCUACAAGGUGCAGGUCAGCAAUGACUCGCACACGUGGCUGCCGAGCCGCAAUGGCACCGAGGAGGCGGUGUUCCCGGGGAACAAAGACCCCGAGACGCCGGUGCUGAACCUGCUGCCCUCGCCGCUCGUGGGGCGAUUCCUGCGCAUCAACCCGCAGAGCUGGUUCCCCAACGGCACCGUCUGCCUGCGGGCCGAGGUCCUGGGCUGCCCCGUGCCCGACCCCAGCGAUGCCCACACCUGGCACCCCCCGGCCCCGCCCGAAUCUCACCUGGAUUUCCGCCACCACAACUACAAGGAGAUGAGAAAGCUGAUGAAGAGGGUGAGCGAGGAGUGCCCCGACAUCACCCGCGUGUACAGCAUCGGGCAGAGCUCCCGCGGGCUGCGCCUCUACGUGAUGGAGAUCUCCGACAACCCCGGGCAGCACGAAGUGGGAGAGCCCGAGUUCCGCUACGUGGCCGGGAUGCACGGGAACGAGGUGCUGGGCCGGGAGCUGCUGCUGAACCUGAUGGAAUUCCUGUGCCGGGAGUUCCGGCGGGGAAACCCGCGCGUGGUGCAGCUGGUGACGGACACGCGCAUCCACCUGCUGCCCUCCAUGAACCCCGACGGCUACGAGACCGCCUACAAACUGGGCUCGGAGCUGGCGGGAUGGGCCAUGGGCCGCUGGACGUACGAGGGCAUCGACCUCAACCACAACUUUGCCGACCUGAACACGGCGCUGUGGGACGCCGAGGACAACGACCUGGUGCCCCACGAGUUCCCCAACCACUACAUCCCCAUCCCCGAGUACUACACCUUCGCCAACGCCACGGUGGCCCCGGAGACGCGCGCGGUGAUCGCGUGGAUGCAGCGCUACCCGUUCGUGCUGAGCGCCAACCUGCACGGCGGCGAGCUGGUGGUCACCUACCCCUUCGACAUGACCCGCACCUACUGGAAGGCCCAGGAGCUGACCCCGACGCCGGACGACGGCGUUUUCCGCUGGCUGGCCACCGUCUACGCCACCGCCAACCUGGCCAUGGCCAGCGGCGAGCGCCGGCGCUGCCACUACGACGACUUCACGCGUUACGGCAACAUCAUCAACGGAGCCAACUGGCACACGGUGGCUGGCAGUAUGAAUGAUUUCAGCUACCUGCACACCAACUGCUUUGAGAUCACCGUGGAGCUGUCCUGUGAUAAAUUCCCGCACGCCUCCGAGCUGCCCGAGGAGUGGGAGAACAACCGGGAGUCGCUGCUGCUCUUCAUGGAGCAGGUGCACCGCGGGAUCAAGGGCGUGGUUCGGGACAGUGACACCGAGCUGGGCAUCCCCAACGCCAUCAUCUCCGUGGAUGGCAUCAACCACGACGUCCGCACCGCCUCGGACGGGGACUACUGGCGGCUGCUGAACCCGGGCGAGUACGAGGUGACGGCGCGGGCCGAGGGCUACGAGGCGGCCACGCAGCCGUGCCGGGUUUACUUCGAGAACGUUCCCACCCCGUGCAGCUUCCGCCUGGCGCGGGCACGGGGCCGGCACCGACCCGGGAGGACCCGGCCGGGCCCCGACCCGGCGCUGCGGCUGCAGCGGCUGCGCCUCCGCCGCCUGCGCGCCAACGGCCGCGGGCAGUGAGUGAGCGGGGCGGCCCCGGGGCCGCGGGCUCGGCCGGGGGGCGCGGGGGGAAGCGGGGGGACGGCUCCCAGUAAAGUUUGGCUGUGCUGCCGCUGCGACUCUGCGACCGGGAAUGGGAUCAGGAAUGGGAUAAAGAACGGCAUCGGGAGCGGGACUCGAACCUGCGGCAGUGGGAACUCGGCGAGGCCACGCCCCUCAAUGGAGCCGCCACAUAAAGCCCCGCCCAUUCUCUGCUGACCAAUAGAAAUUCCGAGGCCAUCACAAAGAUACGCCCCUCACAUGACCAUAAAUGGUCAUUCGCCAUAAGCCACGCCCACCAAAGGCCCCUUGCCAAUAUCAAUUACUAAUCCACGAUCACACCCCUUCCCUGGCCA